AUGUUCGUCGAAUCGCAAGAAGGAAUCAUCGCCGAUGGGCGAGACGAAGCGAAAGGCGAUCGAGCGAAUCUCGACGUUCCCGUGUGCUGCGCCACCGCCAGCUGCUGGAUCAAAUUCAUCGCUCUGUUCGAUUUCGUCGCCGCCAUCGCUUUAAUCGUCUUCUAUAUAAUAUACAAGAAAAAAGAGGAUGCCGAUAGUCAUGUGCUCGAAAGCGUUCUAUCAUCAGCAUUUAUCAAUGUGUUGAGCGGCUGCUUCAUUUCAUUCCUAUUCUGCCUUCAAUCGAAAACCGUCUUCACAUUAGUUUCGUUGUGCGCGUCCGUCUCGAUGGUGUUCAAAAUUCUCGGCUUCAUCGUCUUCGUGCUCGCCAUCCUACUACCGAAUGAGAACGAUGACGAUUAUGAAUAUUAUUAUUAUGUGAACGUGUUGUCCGAAAACCAACAACUCGCUUGGAUGCAAUUCGGCGAGGCGUUGUUCUCGACGGUGUUCUCCGUGUGCUUCACCGCCGUCAUGUGCAGCGUCGGAUGAUCUUUCCAUCGCAACGCUAUCGAUUUGUUCGGAGGAGACACGAAGGAGGCGAAAAUCGAAAAGUUGAAGACGUUUCUGCCGGAAGCCGCUUCCGGCGAUCAGCGAACCGCCAUCGAGAACAUCACGAUGUCGACGUACACGUCGAACGACGGCGGUUUGGCCUACAAGUACACGGUGACGUGGACGGAGCCCACGCGAGCCACACUUCAGAAUUGGAGGCAAAAGUAUUCGACGAUCGACAAGACGAUGACGACGACGACGACGACGACGACGUCAUCAGCCAACACGUUAACACGACAAUCGUCAAUGUCGAGAAUCAGCAAUCGCGGAACCGUCCGCUGCGAUGGUCCGUGCCAAAACGAGGUGCCGCUGAGCGACGUCGUCCAGUUCGGCUGCGAUCAUCUCAUCUGCGACGGAUGCCUCAAGUCGCAGAAGAGCGCGCCGCUGUUCGACGGCUCGCCGGGCUGCUGCAACGCCGAGUGUGUGCGAAUCGCGCGGAUCAACGGCGAGAAAAUCCGGUGCGGCAAAUCGCUCAACGGCGAGCCGUCGAUGAUAUCGGUGAGCGGACCGUGGGAGUCGAUUCAGAUUCAUGUGAGCAUUUUGAAAAUGCUCUAUCGCAACGUUGUCAAAACCUAUUUGGAAUACGAGUUUUCGUCGCAAUCGAGGGUCUCGACACUUCCCAAAGUGCUCUACAACUACAAAGAUGUCCUCCGCGACAGUCGCGUCUAUUAUUCGACGCGUCGGCCGCACAAUCGCGGCGAGCUCAAGCCGAUCGCGUUGCUCGACACCAAUUUGCGCUUCUACGAUUUGAUGGACGCCGAUGAUUCGUAUCUGUCCGAUUUGUAUUUCGUCAUCGCCGGCAAAGGCGUCCAUUUUUGA